AUGAAUCCUACUCUUAUUUGUAAAUCUUUUAAGUGCUAUAGAAUUUCUAACUCACAAAAUAGCAAAGAAGACUAUUUAAUAUUUGAUUAUAAUCAAUUUAAUCAACAAACAAAUUCUUGUAAUUAUAUAUAUAUACAUGAAGAACUAAAUAACAUUAGUAAUAAUUUUAGUAUCAUUAUAGAAGAAAGUCCUAGUGUUAAUAUAGAUGAAAAUUUGAAUAUUAGUACAAGUAAUAGCUUAAAUACCAAUAUAAGUAAAAUCUUAAAUGUAAAUAUUAAUUAA